GUUCCUUUUUCAAAUUUGUUUGACUAGAUUAUAACCUUUGUAUGCAUUUGUCACAAUAUGUGCAUGGUUCUCGAAGGCUUGUGAUCUGCUAGUUUACUCGCUUUACUGGAAUGCGUGAAUUUGAGUAUAUUUACCAUCUAGCUUUUUAAAAACGUGCCCGAAUUUUUUUUCAUGAAGGUACCAAUUAGUGGUGAGGGAUUUAUUCUCAAGGAGAAAUACAGUUUUAGUCUAUUCUACGACUAACCUGCGGUACGUGUUCAACCGUGUAAUACCAACGAUCAAUUCUGCAAAAUCGCUGAUCCUUGUGCGCGCUUUCAAGAGACGAUGCUUGUUAUGGCGGAGGGGUGAUAUUUCCGUGUCAUCAUUUUUCCCCUACUUACCAAGAGAUAUCUUCUUAAUUUCAGCUUUAUUUUUUAGACUGUCUCUCGAUCUUGGACGGGAAUUCAGACAGAAUGUUGUCAUAUUGUACAAUACAGAUGCAGAUCAGUUCUUUAAUAUCAAACGCGUUAUUGUUAUUUAUAAUUUGUAGAGAGUUAAGUAUUCUGCAGCUUGCAUGCAUGUCCAAGAUGUUUUUCUUUCAUUAUGUUGUAAAAUUCAACUACAUAUCCCCCUUUCUUCAUUUGAUUGACCCCCUCCCCCCCAAUAUAUAUAUAUAUGUAUAUAUAUAUAUAUGA